AAAUGUUGCUCAUACCUCUUCCAUCGCUAUUGUUUUUUGCUUUCGUCGACAUCGAUGAUAUAAAAUUAAUAUAACUUGUCCAUUGCAGAAUUUUAUCCUUCGAAGAGUCAACAAUAAGUUUGGACUCUUAUAUUCGCAAAGCUGCAACAAUAUGGACGUAGAUGAUUAUUUGUACAGCGAAUUAUCGUUGUUAAGGGUGACACCUCAAAAUGAAUACGAUAAUACUGUUUUGGAUGACAUUUGUAACGCAUCAGUCGAUAUAUCGUUAGACCUAAAUGAUUUGAUACCUGACUUUCAAAAAGAACCAAUAUUCUCAGGACCGCAUUUCUCGUCAAACUUAAUAAGAGACGUAUCAGAUUGUAGCUUAAAUAUACUACCUUCGAUUUCUUCGUUUCCUUGCUCAAUACAAAAUUAUUCUAUGUGUUUUGAUGAAUAUCCGGAAAAUGUAAACGAAUCAAAUAAAUAUUUGGGUUCCGAGGACAAGAAACUUCAAUUAGAAAGUGGAAACAAUGGACGUCACAUGCAUGAUCGCGAUACACCAUCUCCUACAGGAAGCUGUAGCAGUUCAAGUGGCAGUUCAACAAGUGGAAUACAAAGCGAUGUAUCGUAUGUCUCACUUAAAAGGAAACUCGAGGAAAUCUCUGUUAAAGCAGAUAAAUUUGGAUCAAUUUUUAAAACUAUUGAAUAUGCGAGAAAUAAUAAAGACUUAAAUGGUAUUCAUUCAAACAUACCUGAUAUAGAAAAGUCAUUUCAUAAACCAUCGCAAGAGCUGGAUUUUAGUACAUACAAUAUUUCAGGGAAUUAUCCAUCUUCCAAUUGCAAGCCAAUAACUUAUAAUACAUCUUCGGAGCCCCAACAAUUUGAAAUAUCGCCAGCUGUAUUGCCAGCAAUUGAGCAACCUAAACCGAAAACUAUAUUUUUACCUCCAAAUGACUAUAAAGCCCUUAUGCAAAAAAUACAACACACCGAAAUUAAGUCUUCCAAAAUUAAAGGUAGUUUAGGAACUAAAACUCCUAAUAUUGUUAUGAAGAAAAGUAAUGUAAAUGUAAUGCAAUUGUUGAAGGAAACCCAUGCCCACAUAGAGGAAAAAGAAAGCACGCAUUCACAUUUUGGUCCUAAUUUUGAAUUAUUCAAUACUCAUACAAUCAAUGAAAAGAUAUUCAAAAAACAACAACGUAUGAUAAGAAACCGGGAAUCUGCUACUUUAUCUCGUAAAAAAAAAAAGGACUAUGUUGUUUCGUUGGAAACUCGGAUAAACAAACUUGAAGAAGAAUAUAAGGUUCUAAAAAUAGUAAGUGGUACACAAAGGUAG